AUGGAGAGAUUCCUGCACCGUGGCCGUGAUGGGCAGGUGAUGGACGUGGAUGAGUUUCAGAUAGCCAAGUCGCUCCUGGCUGGAGAGACGGGGCUCCUGAGCCAAAAAGUUGGCGCCAAGCACCUCUUCGAGUGGUGCCUGGAGUAUGGUAAGCAGAGCACGGCACUGGCCAUGCUUUCCCACGGGGUGCCGGGGUGUGUUGUCAAACUUUGCAACAUCACUCUACCACCGCUACCACCUGCUGUUAAUGGAGGACCUCAUCCAGAAGAUCAGGGAGUGCCGAUGCGUGAUCGGGACGCAGACAUCCGGACAGCCAAGCGCACGGCCGAAAGGGAGGCGGAGAUGCCCUUGGUUCGCGCUUUGCUUGAGGCAUGCCGCUCCGAGAAGACGCUUCCCGCAGAGGUCACGGCGGAAGCGAUGGCGCGCCUCCUCGACAUCGCCAUCCUCUUGCGGGACACAGAGCCGGCCGCUUGCUGCGCCAGUCGUUGCACCCGCUUCCCUCUUAGGUGGAAAUUUGUUGAUUUUGUCGUCCGAUGCGGUUGGGGCAUAGACAUACAGGAGACAGAAAUCCUGAAGGCAGCCUUGGCGGCAGGAGUCGGGCUGAAACACUUGCGAGAUGAUUGCACGCAGCUCUCGCUUCCGGAAGCCGUCGUGCUUUCCGAGGACGCCGAGCUCUGGCACCAAGUCCGAGAUCUCCUGCAGCUCGGGCCCUGGCCAACCGCCGCGCCCAGAAACAACAAGGCCAAAUAUCUCCUGACAGAAGCUGCCGACGGCGAUUUGUGCUUGAGUUUCGAGCGGCUGCUCCGGGCGAAGAGGGCCGGCCUCACAUUGGGCACCUUCAGGCAGCGAAGUGUCAUGGGGUGCACUGCAUGUCCGGGACCUGGGCCUGCUACGCACAUGUAUCUCUCACUGCUGGACCUGGCGAUUCUCUUUCGUCAGAGGGACUGUGCUGCGCUCUGUGGGUCCAUGGAUGUCUGCUCGACGGAGUGGACCCCGGGCUUGAGUUUGGAAGACUCUUGGGCGUGCGAAGUUUGUGGCAGCUCAGACGUCGUGCUAGGUCUCAGUCUCAGUGACGCUUGUUUUUGGAGAAUUGCCCGCUUGGCCCCGGGGCGCAAAGCCGCGGCGGGCGAGGCCCUCCGCGCCGCGCUACGAGCGUCGCGCGGGCGAGCCCGGGAGAUGGCGGGCCUCGGAGUGUUGCAGGCCCUGCGCUGGUGGGCGCGAGGGAAGCUGUUUUCACCGGCUUUGGUGAAUGUGGUGCUGACUUUCUCCGCGGAGCGGCCGUCCCUGGCCCGAGCUUUGGAGGGACGAUGGGCCGAGCUGCUGCAGUCCCCAUGGUGGGAAGAGCCGGGCCAACAAGCAGCGCAGGUGGAAUCCCAGCAAAGCCAGAAAGUGAUGUACAUCGCUGAGAGGGACGAUCGCAAUGAGCAGGAUCCAGAGUGUCCUGGACAGGCUGCAGCACAGGAGUCAGCGCCUGAAGCGCACAGUGAAGCUCCAGCGUCGAAGCUCGAAGGUGCAGACUCGGCGGGCACCAAUGACCUCCUGACUGCCCUCCGCAACAGCCGCAGUGACAUGCGCCCCCUGAGCCCAGAAGGCGUCGUCGUCUUCCGCCUCACGCGUCAGGCGAACGCCCCGCGGGUCAACGACCUCCUCUUCGACAUGACGGGCCCCUUGAAGAAGCUCCACCAAAGGGUUCUGGAAGCUGGGUGCGAGGUGGCGCCCGCGUGGUCCCCAGUCAAGGCGCUCUUUGUCCCACUGACUGAGCCACAGAUGCAGGAGCUGCUGCAUGCAGAUGGUGCCCGAUACGAGCUGGGCAAGACGCAUCUCCUGGCGCUUCUCUCCGACGCCGACCUCAUCGACGGGGCGCUGCGCCGGCUCCCGAAGGUCACGCGGCCGAAGCUGCGGCGAGACGUGCUCAGGGACGACGCGGAAGGGGCAGGCGAUGGAGACGAGCCCAUGAUCAUCGUGGAGGGAGGUCUCCGCACAGACUCGAGCUUGGGAUACCCGACCUGGCAGUGA